CCUGUGUCCUGACUAUUUCCCAAUCCGGUGACCGAGGAAACGUUGCUGCUUACCUAAUCCACCUGCCGAUGCAGCCGCAGUCCCGGCAACUUUUCUGCAACAUUUUUCUUUUAUCUUCAACGCCAGCUUCAGCUUCAUCUUUACUUCACACGUCUCCAACUCCACCGCUUCUUGCUUCUUGCUUCCUGCUUCCACCCACCCCCGCCUCAAUCGCCUUCUUCGUUCUUAAUAUCCUAUAUUUCCUACCCUACAGCCACAAUGUUUGCCGCACGAAGAGCUUUUGGCUUUGCCCAGCGCCGAGCUUUCUCCGUCUCUGCGCAACAGUCUUCUAAAGUCACUGUCCUCGGUGCUGCUGGUGGCAUUGGCCAGCCAUUGUCGCUGUUGAUGAAACUUAAUCCUCGCGUUACCCAGCUUGCUCUGUACGAUAUCCGGGGAGGACCAGGUGUUGCCGCGGAUCUUAGCCACAUCAACACAAACAGCACCGUUACCGGCUAUGACCCUACUCCCUCUGGUCUUCGGGAGGCCCUGAAGGAUGCUGAAAUCGUCCUCAUCCCCGCUGGUGUUCCUCGCAAGCCUGGCAUGACCCGUGACGAUCUAUUCAACACCAACGCCUCCAUCGUCCGUGACUUGGCCAAGGCUGCUGCUGAAGCUUCUCCCAAUGCCAACAUCCUCGUCAUCUCUAACCCCGUCAACUCCACCGUCCCAAUCGUCGCGGAGGUCUUCAAGGCCAGAAACGUCUACAACCCCAAGCGCCUUUUCGGCGUCACCACCCUUGACGUCGUCCGUGCGUCCCGCUUCAUCUCCCAAGUCAAGGGCACCGACCCCGCCAACGAGAACGUCACCGUCGUCGGUGGCCACUCCGGCGUCACCAUCGUCCCUCUAAUCUCCCAAUCCAACCACCCCGACAUCUCCGGCGAGAAGCUCGACGCCCUCGUCAACCGCAUCCAAUUCGGUGGCGACGAAGUCGUCAAGGCUAAGGACGGCGCUGGCUCCGCCACCCUCUCCAUGGCCAUGGCCGGUGCCCGGUUCGCCGAGAGCCUGCUCAAGGCCUCCCAAGGCGUCAAAGACGUCGUCGAGCCCACCUUCGUCGAGAGCCCGCUCUACAAGGACCAGGGCGUCAACUUCUUCGCCUCCAGCGUCCGCCUCGGACCCAAUGGUGUCGAGGAGAUCCUACCCAUCGGUAAGGUCUCCGCGCACGAGCAGAAGCUCGUUGGUGCCUGCCUGGUUGAUCUGAAGAAGAACAUUGCCAAGGGUGUUGAGUUCGUUAAGAACAACCCAUAAACGAUGGAAUGUGAAUGUUUUUUAUUUUACUUUUAUUUUUUAAUACCUGUCACCCUAGUUUCUCACUUUACUCUCUCUCUCUCUCUCUCUCUCUCUCUCUCUCUCUCUGCCGUCCCCUUCUACAUUAGACGCUUCUAAACCUCGGCCCCCUCUGCCCCAACUGUACACCACCCUCUAAAAAGAUAAAAUAAAAUAACAAUUUUAAUAAAAAGGCUUUUUAAAAAUUCAAAUCAAUUAGGAAGAGAAAAAAUGAAGGAAAAACUGGUUGAUGAAUUUCAAACAUUAUUUCUCUCUUCUUUCUUUCUUUUUUAUUUUUUACUGGCCAUUUAAAUGGAAAACAUUCCUUUCUCAGUUCUUUUCUAUUUCCUUAGAUCUGGUGUGUUUUAGCGAUUAGAACUUCUUCAGCGAGUGAGAAUAUGUUCCGUUCCUUAGGGUGGAUGUGGCAGGUUUUGUGUGUGUGUGCGUGUGUGUGACGUUUACGCUUCGUCUGAAAAUAUAUUUCUCUGUAUAUAUAUGUAUUCAUAUUCCUAUGAAAAUAAUGCGGGCCCUCUUUGUCCUGUCUUCUUUUCUACUUGCUGCUGUAGGUGCUUCGCUUAAUAUCGAAGAUCAUGGGUAGAUGGAUAUGUGUUGUAAUUAAUUGGAUGGUGUUGUAGUUGGAAGAAAGGGGGCAAAAAUGGGAAAGAAAGAAAAAAAUCCAGAAAAAAAGAGCCAUUGUUCAAAAUUAGAUAAGAGAGACCCAGUGGCCGUGAAAAUUAGAACUAAAAAUAGGGGUGAGGAAGGGAUGGAUGGAUGGGAUGGGAAAAACGAAGACAUAUAUGUGUUAUAUUCAAAUCGUCAUGGGAGAUAUCAAAGUAGAUAUUGUAGAAACAGAUAAUGGCAAAGAUAUUUAAAUAUACGUUUUUAUUACGGGUGACAUUUCCCAGACGAUAUUAGGAGGAAAAAAAAGUAAAUGGGUUCUAUUUCGC